AUGGCAGCCUCAUCCCCCGCUCGGCACGUGUACCGACUCUGCGUAAGAUGCCAGGUCCACGCUCAACGCACAUCGUGCGCCGCCAUCCCAACCCGCCCGUCUCUCCUUCAGAGAACAGCCGCCUCCGGCCCCGUGUCUAUCGCAUCUAUUAGCCCUCCCUGCAUCCCCUCAGGAGCCUCCUCCUUCUCUACCAGCGCCGCCCUCCGCCGAAACGCCGAAAACGCCGACCCCUCCACCACCACCACCACCUCCUCCUCAUCGCAGCCCUUCUCCUCCGGGCCCCCCAAAACCCAUUACGACCUCUUCCCAGAGACCCUCCCCCAGGGCCCUCCCCCGGCCGGCCACUUCCCCAUCGACACCCGCGCCCUCCGCCGCGAGUUCCUCCGCCUCCAGGCCCGCGCCCACCCGGACCUGCACCCGGCCUCGGACAAGCCCCGCGCCGAGGCCGCCUCCGCCCUCAUCAACGACGCCUACAAGACCCUCUCCAACCCCCUCCUGCGCGCCCAGUACCUCCUCGCCCUGCGCGGCGUCGACGUCGCCAACGACGAGAAGCUCAAGGUCGAGGAGCCCUCGCUGCUCAUGCUCGUCCUCGAGGCCCGCGAGGAGAUCGAGGACGCCGAGUCCGAGGACGACCUCGUCGCCCCGCGCGAGGCCAACGACGCCCGCGUGGCCGCCAGCGAGGACGCCCUCGACAUCGCCUUCGCCAACGACGACAUCGACGCCGCCAAGCGCGAGGCCGUGCGGUUACGAUACUGGGUCAAUAUCAGGGACACCCUGCACCACUGGGAGCAGGGCAAGCCCGUUGUCCUGCAGCAUUAA